UUGUUUCGUUAAGUUGGUUGCUUCUCGGAGAAGGUUUGCUGUGAUUUCGUCAAUCAAUAGUAAAUUACAUAGGAAUCGUAGAAGAAGAAGAAAGAAAGAUCUAUUUAAAAAAAGAAGGAAUAGUUCAGGUUUCGUGGGGAGAACCUUGUUAUGGAAACUUAAAUACCUCACCUUUGGUUUGUCUCUUCACGUAAUCGCUUUCCAUUAUCGUUGUCGCACAGUUCAAGUUUCCUGCUUUAAACCUUAGUCGCGAAUUUCGCGAUUUGAUUCGGCUUUAUCUGUAUUAUUUUUCGGCUUGGUUUUAUAUUUUGGUUGCUUUUGUGGACUGGAAAAAGCUGAAAUCGAGGUUUAUUCAGUGCAGAACUCUGGUGAGCUGAUUGUGGGUUGGGUCAAUUGUUCGUUGUUAGCGAUUAGGGUUUUGUCGGGCUAGCCAUUUGUGGGUCUUUUGAAAUCGGGUUGUUUUUGGGAUUUACCCUGUGGUUUUUGUUAAGGAUAACACUUCAAAGCCUAGAGUCUUUCGGUGAUUUUGCUGGUGCGUGUGCUGCAAAUUGGCUGUUUCUUUUCCAGAUUUUCAUGGUGGGUCAAUGACAAGCGGGACUUGAACCGAUUCAAUCCUUGGCGUGUUCGUUUGAAAACUCGGUAGUUUUUGUGGAUAUCGGUUUGGGGUUGGUGAUUGUCAAGUGUUCUAUUAGACUUACAGAUUCUAUCCCGUUGAUGCGGGAUCUUUCUGGAAAUGAAUUAAAUUGAAUUGUUUCAAGCCUCAUUGGGGUUUGGGCUUCCUGAUUUACUGCUAACAAGUUGGUAUUGGGGUUGUUCUUGGAUUGUGAUUUUGUGGUGGAGAAUUCUGCUUUUGAGGAUAAGAUGAGCUCAAGUAUCACUCAGGAUAAAGGCAAGCUUCUGGUCCACAUAGCCGAGAAUGGCCACUCAUUUGAAUUUGAUUGCUAUGAAACAACCCCAGUUGAUGCUGUUAUGCGGUCCAUUGAAUCUGUCGCAGGGAUCAACGUUGGUGACCAGCUUGUUCUGUGCUUGGACAUGAGACUUGAGUCACAGCGAGCGCUUUCGGCAUAUGGACUGCCGGCCGAUGAUAAAGAAGUGUUUAUAUUCAACAAAGUAAGGCUACAAAGCAAUGCACCUCUUCCUCCACUGGAGCAAGUUGAUAUUCCUGAAAUAGUAGAUCCUUCAUCACCAGCCUCCCCACAUAACUCUCAUCCUUUGGAUGAUGGUGCAUUGCCUUCUUAUCUUACACAAUUUACGUACCAUUACCAUAAGGGGCAUGCAAUUUACAGUUGUACCAAAUUGAAGUAUGAGCACUGCGAAAGAUUUUUGGGGGAGCAAGAGGUGCAAGAGAGAGCAGUGGAAGUUGCAAAGGGUAGUUUGGAGCAUUACUAUAGGAUAAUUAAUCAGAAUUAUUUGGAGUUCAUGAAGCGUUAUGGGCAGCAAUAUAGGAUUCAUUCUGACUUUAUGUCAAAUUUUGGGAGAGAUAUAGAAAAAUUGAGGUCUAUGAAGCUUCACCGUGCUUUACAGACUGCAACACGUAGGACCUUAGCAGAUUUUGUGAAGGAAGACAACUUGAGGAAGUCGGUUGAGAAUUGUACCAGCUCCCACAGGCAGUUUGAGAAGAAGGUAUUAGACUUCAAGCAUGCAUUUGUUGAAGUGAAACACAAGGUUGAGGAAUUGUUCUCUUGCAGGCCUUCCUUGGCAAUUAGGAAUUUAGAACUGACGCUUAAGGAUCAUCAGCAAUUAAUUAAUGAACAGAAGAGUAUAUUGCAGUCUUUAAGCAAAGAUGUCAGUACUGUCAAGAACCUUGUUGAUGAGUGUUUUUCCUGCGAAUCACUGGCCUCACUUCGUCCUCAUGAUGCAGUUUCAGGUCUGGGUCCUAUGAAUCAUGGCCAUGAGAAGGAUCACCUACCAAAGAUGCAAGAUUGUGACCGUUCAAUUUCCAAGCUCCUUGAAUUUUGCAAGGAUAGAAAAAAUGAAAUGAACGUCUUUGUACAAAAUUAUAUGCAAAAGGUAACGUAUGCUACUUACAUCAUUAAAGAUAUCAAGCUGCAAUUUCCAGUUUUCAGAGAGGCAAUGGUGCGUCAAGAUGAUCUAUUUACAGACCUAAAGUUGGUCCGAGGAAUUGGUUUUGCAUAUAGGGCCUGUCUUGCAGAAGUAGCGAGAAGAAAAGCUUCCAUGAAGUUUUAUAUGGGCUUGGCUGGACAGUUGGCUGAAAGGCUUGCUGGAAAGAGAGAGGAUGAGAUCAGGAAAAGGGAAGAGUUUCUUAAAGCACAUAGCUUAUACAUACCCAAUGAUAUAUUAGGAUCCAUGGGGUUGUAUGAUACUCCAAGUCAGUGUGAUGUCAAUAUUGCUCCUUUUGAUACUCAUUUACUUGAUAUUGACAUUUCUGACCUCGACCGCUAUGCUCCUGAGCAUUUGUUAGCUCUGCCUGCUAAAUUUGAGAAGCGUGCCUUAAGAAGUUCAUACUCCAUGUCUAAUGACAGUUCUCCAUCAGCUGAGGCUGAAGAUAUUACUUUUGAGAAGGAUGACUCUGAAGAGCUUCUGGAGGGCUCUGAGUUUGUAGAAAUAGCGGGAACAAGCAAGAUGGAAGUUGAGAAUGCAAAACUCAAAGCUGAACUUGCUUCUGAAAAAGCCCUAAUUUGUUCCUUACUUCUUAAAUUUGAAUAUGAAUCACUCGAUGAUAGCCAAGUGAAUUCCCUAUUGAAGGAUGCCGCAGAGAAGACUGCUGUGGCGUUGCAUCAGAAGGAUGAGUAUGAGAAACACUUGCAGUCCAUGCUCAAGGAUGAGAAAAUGCAGUGUUUGGCUUAUGAGAAGCGCAUUCAGGAACUGGAGCAGAAAUUUUCUGACCGUUAUUCGCAGGGACAUAAACUUGUGGACAGUAAAGAUGUCUCUGAAUUUGCUGUUUUGGCUGAGAAUACUGGCAACAAGCCUAAACUUUUGAGUAUUACAGAAGCCCCAAUACCAUAUGUAUCUACUUCUGAGCACAUGGAUGAGGUUUCUUGUAUAUCAAAUUCUUUGGAAGCAAAGCUUGGGCUUUCUGGGCAAUCAGGCAAGGAUCGUGAUGUGGGUGAUGAAAAUACGAUGGAUUUAUCUGGCAUGCUGAAUCCCCUGAUGGAUUCAUCAAUGAUGGAGCCGCAUCGUGAAGAACUGCAAGUCUGUGAUAAAGAUGGGAAAGAUAAGAUGAUGGGACAGUCAGGCAUGUCACUGGCUCACAGUUCUACAGCUGAGAGCAUGCCUCAACCUUCAAAUGCCUUACCUUGUGAUCAACAAGCUGAUUCAGCAAUGGAUUCUAAAGUCCAUGGUGAUCUUGUAAUGGAGUUGCAAAAUGCACUGUCAGACACGUCAAAUCAACUGAGUGACACUGAAACAAAACUUAAAGCUGCGUUGGAGGAGGUUUCAAUGCUCACAAGGGAGUUGGAAACGAGUCGGAAGCUACUUGACGAAUCACAGAUGAAUUGUGCUCACCUAGAGAAUUGUUUGCAUGAAGCAAGAGAGGAAGCUCAAACCCAUCUUUGUGCAGCUGAUAGGAGGGCAUCAGAGUAUAGUUCAUUACGUGCAUCUGCAGUUAAACUACGUGGCCUUUUUGAAAGACUUAGGGGUUGUGUUUUUACCCCCUGUGUAGUUGCUGGUUUUGCUGAUUCGUUGCAUUCCUUUGCACAAUCUUUAGCGAACUUUGUUAAUGAAAAUGAAGAUGAUGUUACUGCUGAGUUCCAGAAAUGUAUUCGGGUUCUUGCAGACAAAGUUACAUUCUUGUCCAGGAAUCGGGAAGAACUGCUUGAGAAGUAUCCAAACCUUGAAGCGGCAAACGAACAGCUUCGCAAGGAGUUGGAAGAUAAGAAGGAGCUAGUUAAAACUUUGUACACUAAGCAUCAACUUGAGAAGCAGGCAAACAAGGAAAAGAUAUCUUUUGGUCACUUGGAAGUCCAUGAAAUCGCUGCAUUCGUUCUUAAUGCUGCUGACCAUUAUGAGGCAAUCAACCGCAACUGCUCAAAUUACUACCUGUCUGGAGAGUCUGUGGCUUUGUUUGCAGACCAUCUCCCAAGUCGACCCAGAUAUAUUGUUGGACAAAUUGUACAUAUUGAAUGCCAAACUGUGAAGCCACCACCUCCUUCAAGUAAGCAAGAGCAUCGUAGGACAGAUCAAGUUGAAAACAUAUUCUCCGAGUCAGGGACUGAGCGGUUGACCUUAAAUUCGGGAUCAACUUUUAACCCAUACGGUCUUCCUGUCGGCUUUCAAUACUUCGUAGUGACAGUAGCCAUGCUACCUGAUACUGCCAUUCAUUCAAUGUCUUCCUGAUCCCUGUUUUUGGCAGAUAGACAUGAGGGAAGAAGCUAAAGUGUAAAUAUCACAAGCAUUGGAAAGGAAAUGCCCUUUGUAGAGGGAGUUGAACUUUAUUUUCUUCCUUUUUUUUUGUACAGCUGAUGAUGGAAUUGAGUUUAAUCUCCCCCUUCUGUAUAUAAAGAUAAUUUUAUUUCUUAAAAAAUGUGAAUACUCACCUAGCUGUGCCCUAUUAGCUAUUAUACAGACUAUAGUUGCUGAGUUCAUCACCGUGAAAUUAGUAUGGUAUCCAUGAUAAUUCUAAUUGGUUUGCUCCU